AUGUCCCAAAAUUCACCGGCUCGCGUCGAGAAGCUGGUGAUUCAGAAUUUCAAGUCCUACGCCGGGAGGCACGAGAUAGGUCCUUUCGACAAGUUCACCUGCAUCAUUGGCCCCAAUGGCUCUGGCAAGUCCAACAUUAUGGAUGCCAUCAGCUUCUGCCUGGGCAUCAAAACGAAACACUUGCGUGGCGAGCGGUUGAAGGACCUCGUCUACCGUCGCGAGGACGAGACGGUGGAUGCGAACCCGCGAUCUGCGGAGGUGACUAUGGCCUUCCGCUCCUCAAAAGGAGUGAUGAUGUACUUCGGCCGCUUCGUCACCAGCAGAGGCGAAGGCAUCUACCGCUAUGGCGGUGAAAAGGUGCCCAUGAGUCCCGUCAGUUACGAGGUGUACUCCCAGAAGUUGGCCAACGAAAACAUCUUCGUGAGAGCACGAAGCUUCCUGGUCUUCCAGGGAGAUGUGAUGCAGAUGGCCAGGCGGCAAGGAGCGGAGCUCACGGCCACCCUGGAAGCCCUGAGCGGCUCCGAGCUGCUCAAAGACAAGUACUCCAAGCUGUCGAAGGAGCUGGAGAUUUCGCAGGAGAAGGCCCGGUUGCACUUCCAGCACAGGCGCGAGGCCGAAAACACCCUGGCACUUCUCGCCUCGCAGAGAGCGGAGGUGAAGCGCUACCAGGAUCUAAAGGCACAGCGCGACGCGCUAAUUGUGGAAGCUGCCCUCUUCCGGCUGUACUCCGCCGAUCGAGAGGCAGCGCAGAAUAUCGAGGUCUCCUCCGGGCUCCGUACGGAGGUGGCGGAGGCCGAAGCGGAACUCCGCAAGCGGCGAAAGGCCAUCGAAGAGGCGGACGCCCAGCGUCAGAAGUUCGAUGAGGAAUUCCGCGAGGCCCAAAACGAGCACUUCGCGAUGAGAACCGCCAUGGAGCAGCAGAAGCCUGAAAUCGCGAGCUGCCGAAAGCAGGCGGCGCAUUGGAGCAUCAAGGAGCGGGAGGUCCAGGCCAAGAUCGAGCAAGAGGAGCUCCACAUCAAGGGACUGGAGGACGCCUGGAAUCAGGCCCUAUCCCGUCGCACCGCGGCCGAAGAGGAGCUGGCAAAGAUCCGAGCUCGGGAGGUCGAGUCGGCUGUGAAGUUGACUGCGGCGCAGCGCAGAGAGUACGACCAAGCCGUCCUCAAGACGGAGCAGCUUAACCUCAAAGCCCGCGACAAGCUCAUGCAGGCCGAGGACAAGCUGCAAAAGCUCCUGAAGGAGCUGAGCUCCUGCAAAGAGGACAUGCAGGAGCGCGAGGACAAGCGCAACAAGCUGAACGCAAAGAUGGAGGACUUGCAGCGCGAAAAGGGCGACAUCGAAAUUGGCUUGGAGACGAGCCGCGUAGAGAUCGAGGAGACGCGAAGGCAACGGACGAAGCUGGAGUCCGAUGUCAAGACUUACGAGACUUUCCGGUCCUCACUACUGGAGGAGAGGCAGUCGCUCCAAUUUGAGGUCGACUCUGUAAAGGCUCGACGGGAUCAGUUGGAGCUCCUGGAGGGACGACAGCGAGUCGCGGACGAGUUGCGUGGGAGAUUCCCCGAGCUGGUCCUGGGUCGAAUCAGCGAACUCCUGCUGCCGACUCAAAAGAAGUACGACCUUCCCCUCCAGAUGGCAUUGGGUGCCAUGUCGGAUGCCUUCGUGGUGAAGGACGCCGCCGCCGCGCGGAGGUGCGUGCAGCACCUCAAGGAGUCGCGCAUCGCCGCCGAGACCUUCUUGCCCCUGGACCGCAUGCAGGAAGAUCGCCAGGUGACCUCCCUCAGCUCGCUGACCGAGAGGCACCCGGGCAGGCGCUUAGCCACGGCGUGCGUGCAGCACAACGAGAAGUUCCUGCACCGGCAGGAGGCCUGGCGAGAGACUGCGCCGGCUGCCAUCGACAGGACAGUCACCUUCCUGCUCCAGGGCGUCAUCAUCACGGACACUCUGGACCAGGCUAAGCAGACGUCUUACGUUGAUGCGAAAAAGAAGUCCCUCAUGCCUCGCGUUGUGACGUUGGACGGCGAAGUGAUCGCGCCCAAUGGAAACAUGAGUGUCAAGGCGCUGCCUGCGCAUCGGGUGGAGUUUGGUGGCCAUGAGCAGCUACAUCAGCUCCGCGAGAAGGAGAGCAAGCUCGAUCAGGUCACCAAAGACCUGGCCACGCUCGAAGAGGAGUCGGAGCGCAAGGCCAAGGAGGUUCAAGUCCUCUCGGACGAGGUGGCCAGAAAGGAGAUCGAGCUCGUGUCCGUGGAGCGCCUUGGCCGCGAGAUUGCCUCGCUGAGGGAACACUCGGACCCAGAAUAG